AUGGAACCCAAGAAUGUAUCCACUGUCACAGAAUUUCAGCUGCUGGGAUUCCAGAAUCUUCUUGAAUGGCAAACACUGCUCUUUGCUGUUUUUCUGAUCAUUUACUUCUUUACAGUCAUGGGGAAUGUUGUCAUCAUUGCCGUGGUGAACCAGGACCAGCGACUACAUCUACCUAUGUAUUCAUUCCUCAAGCACCUGUCUUUUCUGGAAAUCUGGUAUACCUCCACCACUGUGCCACUUCUCUUAGCCAACUUACUGUCCUGGGGCCAAGUCAUCUCCUUCUCUGCAUGUAUGACCCAGCUUUAUUUUUUUGUCUUCUUUGGGGCGACUGAGUGCUUUCUUCUUGCCAUGAUGGCCUAUGACCGAUACCUGGCUAUCUGCAGCCCACUCCACUAUUCUUUCCUGAUGAGUUCUGAAAUCUGCACCAAGUUGGUAGCCAUUUCUUGGUUGACAGGGGUCGGAACAGGUUUACUUCCUUCCUUGAUGAUUUCCAAAUUGGACUUCUGUGGACCCAACCGGAUCAACCAUUUCUUUUGUGACCUCCCUCCCCUUAUGCAGCUGUCGUGUUCCAGCAUUUAUGUCACUGAGUUGGUCAUUUUCUUCCUGUCAAUUGCUGUGUUGUGCAUUUGCUUUUUUCUCACACUUGUGUCCUAUGUUUUUAUUGUAUCUUCCAUAUUAAGAAUUCCUUCCGCCUCUGGCAGGAUGAAGACGUUUUCGACAUGUGGAUCCCAUUUGGUUGUUGUCACUAUCUACUAUGGGACCAUGAUUUCCAUGUAUGUCCGCCCCAAUGCCCACUUGUCGCCUGAAGUCAACAAGAUUAUUUCGGUCUUCUACACUGUUAUCACUCCACUACUUAACCCUGUCAUUUAUAGCUUGAGGAAUAAAGAUUUUAAAGAGGCUGUUAGAAAAGUCAUAAGAAGAAAGUGUGGCAUGUAUGCAGUAAGAGUCAAAGGAAGUGUCUUUAUUCGGUAA